GCCGGUGGAGAGGGGGAUAUAAUCCUUACUGUCCCCUUCUGCGCGAGUCACUGGUGUUAAUAAUAUAUAUAUAUAUAUAUAUUAAUUACUUGAAAUAAUUUAUGCAUACGUAUGCAUAUAUAUGCGCGUUUUCGGCUUCGCGAAUAAAACGAUGUAGCCGUCACCAGCAUUUUGAAAACGAAUGAAAGGACGUGCACAUUAAGUAUUUUGUUCCGUGCGAGACCCCGUAGAGUGCGUAUACUAUCGCCGCGUGCCCUCGUCCCGAAGCCUGGCGCCCGCGAAAACACCGUAGGCGUAUCGAUUUUUCCUUAUCAAAAUUAUGUUCACAUGCUCCCGUUAUCGCGCCCACGUUAAAUUCCGGACGUUAAUAAAAUAUCAAUAUUUAGUAGCGGUGAAAAGAGACAACUACAGUUAUAGAGACUGCAGCCAUAGUCGAACCGACACCCUAUACAAUCUAUAGUGCGCGUUUAACGCAUUAUUAUUCAGUGAUGUUAUUGUACUGCUCGCCUAGACCCGAUAGCCGCCGUCGUUUAUUCCGUCACCGCCCGCCGCACGUACCACAGCCGCCGUCUCUGCAGUGACUGUUUGGGUUGGUGGUGGCAUUAGUUUUUUUUUUUUCUCGUUCUAUCCGCGCCGCCGUUUUCGAAUCAUGGAAUUAACGGAACCGUCCCUCCGUGGCCGACGACACGACGGCACCGUCCGUAAUAAUUAUCGUCAUUGUCGUUCGUGGUGCCGCGGCAUUUGCGGGCAUCCGUUAAACGACGAAACGCAGCGCACCGAUAAAUACCGCCGCAUGUUGCGCCGUGUCGUCAUUAUUAUUGUUUUAAUUGUUUUAACCUACGCGAAGAACGCAACGACCGCGGGGAAAGAUUAUUUGGAACGCUCUGUAUAAUAUAGACUGCAAUUUACAUUGCACCGUCGGUGUCGCGUGCGCGUACCGUGUUCGGCCGACCUUCAUCGAACAACAUUUUCGGGGCUAUAAAAAGAGUCUCCGCGUAUCUUCCGCGUCUCACCGAGUCGUUUAGCCGCCGACUCACGGCGCGCACAUCUGUGUCAACAUCGACCGAGUUCUCUUGCAGGGGAUAUAUAAAAAAAAAAAAAAUCGAAAAACAGAAACAAUAUCGUGUCGGUGCUGAGGUGUAAACCGUAUACAAAGGGUACAGCUACCAUCACUGUUUUUAUUUCGAGUGUUGGUCUCAUCGAUGGUCCUAAACUAAACCUUCAAUAACCGUAUCUACGCCGUACAUUUAUUACCGAAACGAAAACAUGAACCACCACCAUCCACAGGACAAACUUAUAGAAGACCGUGAACGUGAAGGAAUCGACAUAGAAUUCUCGGACGUCUCGUAUACAGUCACCGAAUGGACCCCGGGCAGGAUAUUUUGUCCAGGUACCCAUAUCUAAACACCUAUUAUUAAAUUUACUUAGGUACCUACCACAUUAGAAUAUUGUGUCGAAUAAAUUUACAAAAUAUGCAAUUCAACAGCAAAAACGAUUUUUUUUUUCCAGUGAAAAAACGAAUUUUAAAAAAUGUCAGUGGCACAUUCUGGAGGAAACAAUCUUGCGCUAUUAUAGGAUGCUCUGGAUCCGGCAAGUCUUCACUGUUGAAUUUCCUAUCUGGUUACAAGUAUAACAUAUUUUCCUACUACUUAAGUUAUUUUUUUAUUAAUAGGUUAGUAAUAAUAUUUUAUUUAUAGUACAUACGGGUACAGGGGAAAUAUCAACAUCAAUGGACAACCUAGAAAUCGAAAACUGUUUUUAAAGCAAUUGAGCUAUAUAAUGCAAGAAGAUCUCUUACAACCCCAUUUAACAGUUUUAGAAUUAAUGGAAAUAGCUUCUAAACUUAGAAGUUGUACAAUAAAACUUGAAGUAUAUCAUCAAAUCUUGGUAAGAAUGACAUAUUUAUGUAUACUACCUAGCUAAAAUAUUUAUAAAAAAAAUAAUAUAAAUAUAUUAAUUUAUUAUACAUUUUUAUAAUUAUAAUAAUUUAUAGAAAUAUUGUGAAUAAUAAAAUUACUAUGAAAAUUAGGCACAUAGGUACCUAACUUCUAUUAAAAAUUAUUUGUGAAUCAUAAAACGUGUUUGGUUUUACUUUUCAUUAGAUAUUUAAAAAUACUAAAAGUGUAUAGGUUGAAAUUAUAAAAUUAUUAUAAACUAUAAAACAAAAUCGAUUCAUUGCAUGUAGUUUAAAUUAAAUUAAUAUUCAAAGCAAAUCUAAAAUUUUAUCAAAUAAUAUGAAUUAAUAAUAUGAAAAUAUUAUUUAAAAAUACUAAAUUUCAGAACUGGUUUGGUAAUACUUUAAUAACAUUUAAAUUAUAUUUCAGAUCAAAAGAAUAUUGGACAAUUUAAAAUUGUCUGAUAAAGAAAAUACUCUUUCAAUAAAAUUAUCUGGUGGUGAACGGAGAAGGCUGUCUAUUGCAAUAGAGUUGAUUCGUAAUCCAAAAGUGAUGUUUUUUGAUGAACCAACCACGUAAAUAUAAAUAUAUAUUAUUUAUUUAUUUAUUUGUACAUUAUUUCUGUUAAUUUAUUAAAAUAAUACUGUAAUUAUUUCACUAGAGGUUUAGAUGUGGUAUCUGCUAAUUAUGUGGUAUCUAUGUUAAAAGACUUGGCUAACUGUGGUAAGACAAUCAUAUGCACUAUUCACCAAGCAUCUGCUUUGCAAUUGGAAAUGUUUAACUCAUUAUAUAUAUUGUCGCCUACCGGACAAUGUAUAUAUCAUGGAAAAUCAUCAAACCUAAUAAAUUAUUUAUCAUCUAUUGGUCUUCAGUGCCCUUUACAUCAUAAUCCUGCAGAUUUUGGUAUGUUUAACACUUAUGCAUAUACUGCAUACUGCUGUGCAUGUAUAGAAUAAAAUAAUAAUUUAAACUAUUAAUUAUUUUUUUUUUAUUUUUCAGUCAUUGAAGUAAGUUGUGGAGAAUAUGGUGAUCACAACGAAACUCUUGUUAAAUAUAUUGAUAAUGGAAAAUCAAAUAAGUGGAGCAAAGAAAAUUAUAUUAAUGAACGUAAGUUGAAAUUGAAAAUAGUUGCUGAAUACAAUAUAAAAUUGUAUUAUUUUUUUUUUUUUUUUUGCAUAGCUGGUGAUCAAAUGGUAAACUGUUAUUCGAAGCAUACUCGUCAUAAAUCACUCUCAAAAUAUAUCAAUGAACUCCGAAUACUCAUUAGUAGAACAUUAAUCAUCUCAUCUAGAGACAGUGUUUGUAUUUUACAUCUUUAAUAAGAGGUAUUCUAGUUAAAAAAAGCUAAAAAUUUAAUAAUUUAAUUUGUAUAUAAUUUAUUUUAUCCAUUACUAAUAGUAUAUUACUUCAAUAGAAGUCUAUAGAAUAUAUAUAUUAUUUUCCCUUAUCUUUUUUUUUCACUAGUGUUUUCAUUAUGUUUGUUUAGGAUUUCAUCUAUUUAAGGAUAUAUGUACCUCUCGUAAUGAGUUUUUUGUUUGGUUCAGUAUAUUUCAACAUUGGAAAAAGUGGUUUGUAUACACGAGAUAAUGUAGUAAUGUUAUAUUUCAGCAUGAUGACCAUUGUUUACCUCUCUGCCUAUUCAAUGUCUAUAAAAUGUAAGUUAUUAUUACUUUGUGUAUGAUCUAUUUUUUAUUUAAUUUAUAUUUUACAUAUAUUUUAGUCCCUAUGGAACUGUUACUUAUGCGGUUGGAAUAUUUUAACCAAUGGUAUUCACUUCGUUCAUAUUACACUUGCGUAACAUUAAUGGAUCUACCUUUACAGGUGAGCAGGAACUAAUUAUAAUAUUAUUUCAACGUUAUCUAUGAUUAUUAUUUGAGUAAAACUUAAUAAUAUACACAUUCAAAAUGUAAAAUAUUAAUAGAUAAUUAGAAUCUAAACAAGCAAUUAACCGUGUAUUUUAACAUAAUAACUAUAUACAUAAAGAAGUAAUGAUGAAUAGGUAUUAAUUGUACAAACAGCCAUUCUAUUAUAUGUUUUCAAACAUUUUUUUUUUCAGGAAUACUCUCUUUUAGAAAUUAGGUAUUCAUGAAAAAUGAAAACUAAAUAAAGUUUAAAAUGUUUGAUGUUUCAAAUUAUAUUUUAAACCUAACUUGUACCCAAAUUAAAUCGCAUACAUAUCAUUAUACACAUGUAUAUACAUUAUUUACAUACAAAUAAAAAACCUUGUACAUUUAUUGUACUCAAUGGAAAUUAAUAAAAAAAUAUAUUUGAUAGUUAAUUAUUCUAUAUUUUCAGAUCAUAUCUACAGGAUUAUUUUGUAUAGUGAUCUAUUUAAUGACAGGACAACCAAUUGAAUUAUUCCGAUUUCUGAUGGUUUUUUUAAUGUUGAUUGUAACUGGUUUAAUGUCUCAAGCAACUGGCAUGUUAAUUGCAAUUUUAUUUAAGAAUUUUCUUGUAAGUAUAAUUAUAUUAUAAACCGAAUAUUAAGUUUAUAAAAUACCAUUUUUGAUUACAGAUAAAUACUAUUGUUAUAUCUUCAAUUAUACUACCACUGACCAUAUUUGCGGGCAUUAUGUUACGCAUAGAAGACACUCCUAAAGUGUAUAGUUGGAUUUAUGAUAUAUCCUUACUGAAACAUUCUAUGCAAGGUAUUUUGCAUGCUAUAUAUGGAUUCAAAAGGUCUAUAUUACCAUGUCCAGAAGUAAGUUAACUAUUCAUAAAUUGUAUCCUAUCCUAUGAUUUGAAUUCCAGAUCCCUAUUAAGUCCCUUUCUGGAAUCCUAAAAAGUAAUUUAUGGAGCUCCCAAAUAACGAAUUGAAUUUGAAUUUGGUGGGGAAAGUGCAGGGAUUCCUGGCAGUAAUUUCAUGGUCUCUAACUGGAAUUCCUAAUGCUACUAAGACUAUUUAACACACAAUCGAAAAAUUGAAAUAUUCAGAUAUUUAAUUGAUAUACUCUCAUUUUAUAAUUCUAGACGUUUAUACAAAUAUAACUAAACCAAUUAUUGAAUGAAAUUUCUCAAUUAAACAUUACUCUGUAUUUUCAUAAACAUAUUUUAAAUAUAUCACUUUAAAAUUUUUAUUUACAAUUGCAUAACAAAAAUAGUCUUAUAAACUUAAUUUUACAGUGUUUUCAAACAAAUAAAUUUGAAUACUUUAUUUAGCAAAUGUUUUAACCUACUGUUAUAAUAUUGUUUUUAAUAAUGAUAAUUAUGUUUAUAUUUUAGAUUUAUUGUUAUAAUGGUUCACCUGAAUCUGUUCUCAAAGAUAUCAGUAUGAGUGACAAUAUAUUUUGGACCAGCAUUGGGUACAUUACAGCUGUAUUUUUAUUUUUAAAAAUAUGUACUUAUGUUGUUUUAAAAUAUAAACUUUCCUGAUGAUUGCAUACAUAUUUGGACAAGUAAUUAUUACUACUAGUCAUUCAAUCAAUAUAAAGAAUUAAGUUUUUAUACUUUUGAUUAUCUCUUGAAUAAUAUAUUUUAAAUAUAAAUUAUGAUAGGAUAUUGUUACCAAUCAAUUACUUGUAUUUUCUUGUAAUUACUUGUGACUUAUAUUGUUUUUAAUCAAUUUAUAAUUUAUAUCCAUAUGUAUAAUCCAAUCUAAUUUUAAUAAUUUCAUAGUAUAUAAUUAUAUUUUAAUUUUUUAAUUAUUAGUAUUAUUGUUAUUAUAUUGACUAAGUUCUUGCAAAAUAAUUUAUAUUUUUUUAAACAUAUAUAUUUAUUAUAUCUAUUGUUAGUAUUUCAUAACAAAUUAAUGUAUAAUAUGUAUUUCUCAAUUAUUUUUGAUCUCAAAAAUUGAACAAUUUAAUAAUAUUUUGCAUGCUACUUAGGUUCUUGGUUCUUCUAUAAAAUUUAAAAUAUUUUACUUGCAUGGUUAAUAUUUUAUUAAUUGUUAUAUUGAUGGUGUAAGAUUCAACUAUUUAAAAGGAAUAAUUUAUAUUAGGAUUUGAUUUGUGCGUCAUAGUUCACAAUUUAGUAAUGAGUAAAUAUUUAUUUUUUUUUGUGGGGGGAAUAUAUAUUUGUUUGUAAUCUACUAAACCAAAACCUUGCUUUUUAUUAAAAAAAUAUAAUAAAUAUAAAUUAGCCUAUUUUAAAAGAAUCAAUAAUCAUCAAUAUGUUAUGCUCAAAUGAUUAGUGUCUUAUUCCUUAUAAAGAUAUAAAUAAUUUUUUAAACAAAAUGGUACCUAAAUGAUAGCCACGGCUGUUAUUGUCAAAAAAAAAAUAAACAAUCCAAAUUAAAAAUUAAAUUUAGUAUUGAAAAAAACUUAGAAAAAUCAAAACAAAUCAAAUUUUCUUUAUAGUUUUAAAACUAUAGAUUAUAUCUAAUUUUAAGGAGUAAUAACUAGACAAUCUAUUUUGCCUGCACUAAAUACAGCAAUACCUCUCUUCUUCAAUGUGGUCCAACUAAUUGAACAAAUAUAAAUUAGAUUUACAAAAACUAAUUAAAUAGAUAAUUUAACUUAACGAUCAAUAUUGUAAUACAGCAGAACUUAAAUUUAAUGGUCUACAAAGUUAACUAUGAGGUCACAUAACAUUUUGCAAUACUUGAUGGAAUCAAAAAUGUAAAUUUCAAGAUGAAUUAGUGUACUUGUUUCAUUUGAAAACAAUAAUAGAAAAUAUGCAUAAUUUAAAAAUCAUUGUAUUAUAUAUCAUUUACUAAUUUAUCGAAAUUUGUAAUUAGAGUUGAAAAAAAACCCACAUUUUUUUACAAACAUCAUAUUAUAAUAAAAGUUAAUUUUACAUCAUAAUUAUUAUUGAUCAAAAUAAGUAAUUUGAAAAAUUUUAAUUUUUUAUCCAAAAGUAAUAGUUACUGUUCAUUUUCAUUUUUCAGAACAUAUAAGUUAGUAUUUUUGAACGUUUUAAAUAUUUAUGUAUACAAUUUCAAAUAUAGAGACUUGUUUAAAACACUUUGCAAGCCCUGGUUGUACAUUUUCCAAGUAGCAAAAAAUCAUAAGGACAUUUCUAACACGAUCAUUGUGAC